AUGAAGGAAGCGGGCGAGCUGGGGAAAUACUACGAACAGGUUACUAGUAGAACUGGGCAGCGGAGGAGCUUGGCCGGGGCGGCUGACUGCUAUUGCCCAAAGAAGCGCCGGGGCUUGGCGGCGGUGGGCCUGGGGGUGGGCUGCGCGCUUGGCGGCUUGGGGGUGCUGUUCAGCCUCAAACAUCCCACCCGACGCAUCUUCAUCUUCAUCUUCAUCCUCAUCCUCCGUCUUCCCUCUUCUUCCUUCCACCUGUGUCGGCUAUCAUCCAUCUCCAUCAUUCCAUCUCAGCAGUGGCUAGGUGGAGAGUUAUGA